AUGGAGAGAUGGCUUGAUAGGAUUGAAAGCGAGCUGGGCUCUGAUGACCAUGGCCGCGAUUUGGUUUCUGUUGAACACUUGAUGAAGAAAUUGGACGCUUUGGAUGCCGAAAUACGAGGCCGAGCCGAAGCUGUGCACGACCUAAUGCAGAAAGCUCGUGAGAUCAAAACUCUUCGGGUCGCCAACGUCGGACGCGAUCCUUGGUGCCUGCUGAGCAAGGAAAACCUACGCGAUGCGCACGCUUUAUACGAAUGGACGGCUUGUGCUGAAGAAGAACUCGAAUGGCUCGCGGACAGGUUGCCGCUGGCACGAAGCCAAGAGUGUGGUGACAGUCUUCAUGCGGCGCACAGCUUGCAGAAGAAACAUAUGGCUCUGGAAAAGGAACUAGAUUCACGUCAAGCCGGUAUUCAUGAAAUUGAAUCGAAAGGAUUGGCAAUGGUACGAGCAAAACAUUUUGCUGCUCCUCAGAUAGAGAAGAUGAUCGACAAUCUCGCAACAGCGUUGCUGUCAGUUAAGGAUGCUGCCUCAGUGCGACGAGCUCGACUGCAGCACGCUGUGGACAGCCACGAGUACUACACGGAAGCAGCUGAGGCGGAGCAAUGGAUUAGAGUGGCUCAGUUUAAAAACGAACUGGACAGACUUCGUACCCGUUGCGAUUCGUUGCAGGACCAUCAGGAUGCGAACCAGAUCGCUGCACGUCAAGCAAAAUUAGAGACGGCAUAUUCUGAUCUAGUCAAGGAAUGUAAUAGGAGACGUACGCAGCUUGUAGAUGCAGGUCGUUAUCAUCGGUUCGUCCGCCAAGUCGAUGACCUGUCCGACUGGCUCCAUGAAAAAGAACACGUAAGUUUUGAUCUGACGUUUUUUUUUUCGCGAAUUUCGGUUUUCAAGAAAUUCGAAGAUCUUUUUGAUUUUGGAUUGGAUUUCGCGGCGUAA